UGCCAACUCUUAUAUAUCCCCCAACUUCUUCAAACCCCCAUCUCUCCCCACUUUUUCAAAUCCCACCACCACUCCAACCACCGCACACGGCGGCGCCACCACCACUACAAAAAUGGAUCCAUGCCCAUUCAUCCGGAUCCUAGUCGGUAACUUGGCAAUCAAGUUUCCAAACUCAUUUUCAACCCUAAAAAACUCAUAUUUUUGCAAGAUUAAGCUCAAGAAUUUCACCACUCAAUCAGCAAAAGUUCCCACACUGCAAAAUCAAGAAAAUAACUGCGUUUCAAAUUCUUUAGCGGCAAGUUUCAAUCUUGACAGUACCCAAAUCAAGAAAAUCACGGCCUCUACAAAACCCACAAAUUUGAUUCUUGAAAUAUACUCUCGAAGUGAAAAUUCGUGCGGGUUCGUGAAGAGUGAGAAGCUUGUGGGGAAAGUUAGGGUUUUAAUUGACUUGAAAAAGUGUGAAACUAGGGCUUGUGUUAUGCAUAAUGGGUGGAUUGGAAUUGGGGAAGAUAAUAAUAAUACGAAGAAGAAGAUUGAGUUUUAUUUUUGUGUUCGAGGUGAACCCGACCCGAGAUUUGUGUUUCAAUUUGGUGGCGAACCUGAGUGUAGUCCCCAGGUUUUUCAAGUUCAAGGAAAUCUUAAACAAGCUGUUUUUACUUGUAAAUUUGGUCUGAGAAACUCUGGAGAAAGGCAAUCAAUUCUAGAACCAAGCACAUCAAGAAAUUGGCUCGGAAAUGAAAAGGACCAACCAACAAAAGAAAGAAAGGGUUGGACCAUCACAAUCCAUGAUCUAUCCGGGUCACCCGUUGCAAUGGCAUCAAUGGUCACACCAUUUGUCCCAUCCCCGGGUUCGGAUCGGGUCGACCGAUCCAACCCCGGAGCCUGGUUAAUCCUCCGCCCAUCACUCGGUACAUGGAAACCAUGGGGCCGCAUGGAAGCAUGGCGGGAACCGAAAACCAAUGAGUUGGGUUACCGGUUCGAAUUAAUUCACGACACUGCGACCGCCACUCCAACGAACACCACGUUAGUCAAUUCCACCGUGAACACUAAAAACGGGGGCAAAUUCACCAUCGACACGACUAAUAGUGUUACCACUCCGGUUUGCAGCCCGCAUAGCAGCUGUGAUUUCGGAUCUGGGUAUGGGUCAGGUUCCGGGUCAUGGUCCGGAUCCGAAUUCGGAGUUUUUUCGCAAUUUUUGUACAGAGGAUUCGUAAUGUCGUCCACGGUGAAAGGCGACAAUAAUUGCAGUACGCCGGAGGUGGAAAUCGGGGUACAGCAUGUGAAUUGCAAGGAGGAUGCGGCGGCUUACGUGGCAUUAGCGGCGGCGAUGGAUCUGAGUAUGGAUGCGUGUAAACUAUUCUCUCAGAAGCUAAGGAAACAACUGAGGCAACAACAGAGUCAGAGUUUUGUCGUUUAAUUGAGGAUUCAGUUGUCGUUUUAGGAUAAUUUGAUGAGUUGGUUAGGUUUUGGAUUCUUUUGGCUGACAUUUAGUUACAGAAGUUUUUGAGCUGGAUGUUUAUUAAAUUGUUUAAUUUUUUUUUUUUUUGUAUAGUGAGGAAUGACUAAGCAGGCUUUAUUUAAUUAUAUAUAAAUAAACAAUUCUUUUAAUUC